AAAGAAACGUCAUUUUAGUCUAUAGUUAACUUCCACAUGUAAUAUUUUGAUUAAAUUUGUGAGAGUGAGAGUUAUCAAAGUUCAAGUAGUUACAAAGAUGGCAUUUAGACCCCUAACUGAAGCAGAAUGUGGUCAAGCGAACCCCUUAACAAAAUUAACUUCCCACAUUACCCGUGAUCACACAUUUUCUGAUAAUCAUGGGCAAGUUUUUCAAAGUAGUUCAGAUCAAUUGGUUGAACAAUUUCUCCAGGAAACCAGAGCCAUCCCUCAAAGUUUUAGGAUGGAUGAUCUGAUGAGGGAAAUGCACGAAAUUGAAUCUCAAAGGUCAGCUUUACCACCCAUUCCUGCUUCAACAGUCAAAGAUCAGCUACAUGACAAUGCCUGGGCCCUUCAAUAUAUUGAAGACGGAAAGCGAUUUAAUGAAGUAUAUAAUAAUGAAAAUGUUUGGGCGGAAAUAAUGUCACAGGAACAGAGACAACAUGAUUUUCAAAGAUUAGCUGACACAUGGGCAAGUGAAGGUCUAGAGGGUCCAUUAGGUGCUUCAGACAUAUUUUCACAGGAAGAUAAUUUAGAAGAUUCAAAAUUUGUUUAUUCAAAGUUUAUGAAAUUUAUGAAAGAAGAAGGUAAUGACUCCAAUAUAGAAGAAGGAAAACUGACAGAACAAGAAGCUGCUCAAUGGACUAAAGAAUAUUUUGACACGGAUGAAAAACCGGCCGCCAAAGUUGAAACAGUUGCUCAAAAGUGGUCUGAGGAACUCGAACAGUCCAAAUCUGUAGAAGAGGAAUUUAACACUGCAUUUUGGGAUAAACUACAAGAAGAAAUGAAGAAAGUAUCAGAGACAGAUGUAGACCCAUCUCAACCAUGGAUAGAUGAAUUCAAUAACUAUUAUAAUAUGACCACAAAGGAAUAUGACUUCAGUGAAGACAAUCCUAUGGCGGAUAUCCCACAACCCCUUGAAAGGGGUAAACAAUUCCUGGCAGAAGGCGACUUUCCAAGUGCCGUGCUCUGUUUUGAAGCAGCGGCCAAACAAGAGCCACAAAAUGCAGAGGCAUGGCUCUUACUUGGAACAACACAAGCCGAAAAUGAACAGGAUCCAAGUGCGAUACCGGCGUUAAAUAGGUGCCUUCUCCUAGACAAUUCCAACUUAAAGGCCUUGAUGGCGUUAGCAGUGAGUUACACGAACGAAAGUUACUAUAACCAAGCCUGUCAGAUGUUACUGAAUUGGUUGAAAUAUAAUCCGAAAUAUCAAGAACUCGUACCUCUUAAUUUAAAGCUAUCUGGGCAAGUUACAAGUUUGUUAGUUCAGAAUGACCACAAAAUAAUUCAAGACUUAUUUAUAAAGGCAGCUCAGCGGAAUCCACAACAAAUAGAUUACGAAGUUCAAUGUGGACUGGGAGUAUUGUUUAAUCUAACUGGUGAAUAUAAUAAAGCUGCAGAUUGUUUUACGGCAGCCUUGUCGGUUAAACCAGAUGACGCCAGACUCUGGAACAGACUUGGAGCGACCUUAGCGAAUGGUUCAAGGCCAGAGGAAGCAGUUGAUGCUUAUCACCACUCUUUAAAUUUAAGUCCAGGUUUCAUUAGGGCUAGGUACAAUGUAGGAAUCACAUGUAUUAAUCUAAAUGCCUAUAGAGAAGCGGCGGAGCACUUCUUGACGGCUUUAAAUCAACAAGCGAGGGGGAAGGAUGUAGUAAACUCGGGUUCUAUGUCCCAAAUGUCGGAUACAAUAUGGUCGACACUACGCAUGUGUAUAUCGUUGAUGAAUCGGGGCGACCUCAAGCAUCUAGUGGAUAAAAGGGAUUUAAAAGAAUUAAAUAAAGCAUUUGGAAUCGACUAAACGGUCUGCAUUGUUUAAUUGGUGCUAUACACAUUGGGAGUAAUAUGUUGAUGUUGCGAGGAUUUCUAUAAUCGUAUAUUUGUGUUGUAAUUACAGAGGAAGUAUAAAUUCCCGUAUUUUGAGACAACACUACCAGCAACACCUCUUAUUAAAGUUUGAAUCCUCGAAAGACAUCCUAAUAACUAGCAUUGCCUUUAAAUAUUGAAGACUGACAAGGAACAAUAGUUGGAAGGAAGUAACAAUUUUGACAGGAAUGGUUGCGAGUAGAAUUGGGGCAUCCUGACUAACGUGGAAAUACGUUCUGGAUAUUGUUGGACUUUUAUUUGCGAAUUUGGGAAUACUCCUCAUAUGUAUGGAACCUGUUUAAAGUUAAUUUGGAAAAGGUUAAAGCCUAAAAAAAAAGGAAAAAAUUGUUAUUUUUUUAUGAAUAUAAUGGUGGCAUACAUAAUAGGUUUUAAAUACAUUAUUAUUGUUGA